GGUGGGAAGGCAGGGAAGAACAAGGAGGUGCCAGCCAGGGCUGCGAAGGCAGUGGUGGAGAAGUCGAGCGGCCUGUGGGGAAUCUCGCAGUGCUGGCGUGGCGUGGUGCAGCAGCAGGUGCAGCAAUUCCUGGAGGCAGCAGGGCAGGUACCAGACCUUGCAGAGCAAUACUGCAGGCUGUACCAGCGCCUGCGCGGUGCCACGGAGGAGCUCUUUGGGCAGCAGGCGGCCUUCAUGCUGGCCCUGGGCCAGGGCUUUGCGGGGGCUUUGCUGCAGCUCUCCUUCCUGACUGCCCUGCAUGUGAGCGAGCAGUUUGCCCGCUACCUUGAUGUGCAGAUCCAGGAGCUCCGCAGGGCAGCGCAGGGCAGCACAGGGCCGCUGGAGCGGCUGCAGCAGUUCUUGGAGCCCUUUGUCGUCUUCAGUGGCCUGGAGCUCGCCCACACCUUUGAGCACUUCUACAGGGUGACAGCCUCGGUGGCGGAUGUGCCAGAGGUGAAGGUGCUGGCCCUGUCCCCACGCUGCUGGCCUGUUUCCCCACUCUGUUACAUGGAUAACCCUGGGAGGUUUUUCUCGGCAACGCUGAGCUCCCCCCUGGAUGAGUUUGCCGACUUCUGCCAGCAAAGUCAGAGCCAGCUGGGCUGGGAGUGCACGAAGCCCCAGCGAUUGCAGUGGACGUGGCUGGGCCACGCUGAGCUGCAGUUUGGAGACUGUGUCCUCCAUGUGUCCACACUACAGAUGUACAUCCUGCUGUGCUUCAACAACACCGAGGAGGUGGCUGUGGAAGCCCUGCUGCAGGCUACAGGGCUCCCUGCUGACCUGGUGCACCACGCGCUGACACCGCUGACCCACGGCCAGGGCGUCCUGGUGCAGAGCUGCACGCCGGGAGGUACACUGCGGCUGAACCACACAGCCUUGGCCCAGGCCUCUGGCCGCCACCUGAGGCUGCUGCCUCAGCAGAGGUACCUGCGGACGGAGAGGGCAGAGGUGAGUGCCCUGGAAAGGAAGAGGAACGUCCUCUGCUGCCUCAUAACCCGCAUCCUCAAGGUGGAGAAGCAGCUCCAUGUCGACAACCUGGUGUUCAGGGUGAUUGAUGCCUGUCAGAAGGGCAGGUUGGGGCCAGGUGUGCAGUUCCUGAGCUUCUGCUGCCACAGCGUGGACGUGCUGUCCUGCGUCCUGCACCUGUUGAACCAGGGCUAUCUCCGGCGCCAGGAGGGGAGGCCUCAUGUCUUGGAAUACAUCUCUGCUGAACCCACAACACCUCGUGGGGGCCAGGCACAGAUGACUUUCCAGUGCAGGCCACCACAGGCAUCUCCAGAUGAGGACAGCAUAGACAGCCUGCAUUGGUUGAAUCCUGGCAUAGACAGGGCAGAAGAGUAUCUUAUGGCAAUGCUGCAGGUGCCAAUGGGGCACACGCUUAGUCCAGAGGAGGCAAAGCUGCUCAUGAACCAGACAGUACAGCAGGUCCAGGAUACUCUGAGCAUAUCAGAUGAUGUUGCUCGACACCUCCUCAUGCACUGCAGGUGGAAUGUGGAUUUCCUGAUCCAGUGCUAUGUAGAGAACCGUGACGCUCUGCUCAUCUCCUCGGGGCUGCAAGUGCAGGAUGUGCAGCCUCCUCCGAGCCCUGGAACCCACUGCCCAGUCUGUGUGAACCAGCUGUGUCCCACUGAGAAGCCACUGACCCUCUGCUGCAUGCACUACUGCUGCAAGCCCUGUUGGAGUGAGUAUCUCACAACUCGCAUUGAACAGAACAUGGUUGUCAACUGCACCUGUCCCAUAUCCGAGUGCUAUGCACAGCCAACCACAGCCUUCAUUUACUCCAUCGUGUCCUCAGAGGAGAUCAUAGCGAAGUAUGAAAAAGCCCUCCUCAGACGCUAUGUUGAGUGUUGCUCCAACCUGACAUGGUGCACCAACCCUCAGGGCUGUGAUCAGAUUCUCCUAAAGGAUGGACUCGGUUAUGGAGCAGCGUGUUCCAAGUGCUCCUGGAUAUCCUGCUUCAACUGCAGCUUCCCAGAGGCCCAUUAUCCUGCCAGCUGCAGCCAUAUGUCUCAGUGGGUGGAUGAUGAUGGAUACUAUGAAGGAAUGACAAGUGAAGCCCAAAGCAAACAUCUGGCUAAGCUCAUUUCAAAGCACUGCCCGAACUGCCAGGCUCAGAUAGAGAAAAAUGAGGGUUGCCUGCAUAUGACAUGUGCCAAGUGUAGUCAUGGCUUCUGUUGGCGUUGCCUCAAGCCCUGGAGACCAAAUCAUAAGGAUUAUUACAACUGCUCUGCUAUGGUGAGUAAAGCAGCUUGGCAGGAGAAGCGUUUUCAGGAUUACAAUGAGAGAUGCACCUUUCAUCAUCAUGCAAGGGAAUUUGCCGUGAGUCUGAGGAACAGUAUUUCUUCCAUCAGAGAGAUGCCAAAAAUUAGGAACUUGACCUUUGUUCUUGAUGCCUGCAAAGUGCUAGAACAGGCACGGAAGGUGCUGGCUUACUCCUGUGUGUACAGCUACUAUAACCAGGACACUGAGAGCAUGGAUAUUGUGGAACAGCAAGCUGAGAGCCUAGAGCUGCUCACUAAUACUCUGCAGAUCCUUCUGGAGGAAACCCUGCUGCAGUACCAGGACCUGGCCUCAUCUCUUCAGCUUCUGAAAGCAGAGCAUUUCAAUGCUGGUUUGGAAUUGGUACGCCAGAUCAAGGAGCGUCUCUUUGCAAUUCUCUGGCACUCCACACAGGAUUUCCAUGUUGGGCUCCAGACUUCAGGAGAUCCUGGUCAGAGAAAGCUGAAACUCGCAAAUGUGCCUGCUUCAGCCCUUGCCUUUACAGGGCAAAAACGUACCAUCUUGUGUGACUCCCCCAACACAGAUGAAGGUGGCAAAGAGGUUGAAGAUGAGGAGUAUGAUCCACAGUGGCAGGAAGACUAUGAUGAUGAUGAUGAUGACCUUGAUGAAGACAACUUUAUGAUUGAUAAUGAAUCAGAUUGUGAUUCCUACUUUGAUGAUGAUGAUAGCUAUGACUAGAAGUGGUCUAUCACCCAGCCUGCCAGCUUGGACCUCUGCCUCUACUCUGUCUCAACCAGUUUGUGUUAGUGUUUUUCUUCAAAGGCAGGGAGGAGCUCUCAGGGGGAACAAAGCAUUUCAUCUGGGAGGCUAAUUGCUCAGUGACUCUUCUUUAAUAUGCUGAAAUAUUGCUCUGGGAAGCUGGUCUGUGUUACUGUGGCCACCUCUCUCAGAAAGUUAUCUCCUUGCCUUUUUUCCUUGUUUCCAGUUCUGCCUAUAGUUAUUUAGUUGAGUUACAAAGUCACAGUCCACCUGCAAAGUGAGGCCUACUUGCCACCUGUUAAAGGGCUGCUCAUUGUCUUUGGAUGUGCUCUCCCCAAGGACUGGGCACAGAUGAGUGUGGCAUGUAUCCUAGCAUGGCACUGUUUAGAAAUGGCCAGUGUCUAGAAAUGCUGUAGAGUGAUGCAUUUACACUCAAGUCAAAGCCUCCCAUCUGGAGCUGGUGGGAUUCCCUCCAGAGCCGCAGAUGGAUGUGGUUCAGUUCCUCUGGUUGAGAGGACCAGCAUUUUUGCUGUUGGAGUUUUCUUCUCUGCUGUGAAGCAGGAAGGGCUACUGUGAGUGACACAAGUUUGCAGGACUGUUUAAAUGUAUAAACAUAUAUUAUAUAUAUAUAUGUGCAGAGAUUGUUCAGAUAAUACUUUAUCUUUGCAAAAAAAAAAAAAAAGAAAACCCUGAGGAACAAUGGUUGAAAAAAGUUCUGUUUAAAGAAAGAAACACUUUUCCUCAAGCACAAGCCUUCUUGUUGUCUGUGGGGAACAUGGGUUGGGAGGGAGAGUAGGAUAUCCUCAAGUGAGGAGGAUGUGACCUUGAUGUGGUCAUCCCAGGAGUUAUUUGUGAAAUUGGUGUGGGUUUGGGAUCCUCACCCAGGUCACACAGUCUGCCCUAUAAAGUAACUUUUCCUUCAUGGCAGUUCAGGGAACAAAAGGAGGUAUGGGGAGGGAUGGAAAAGAGAAUGGCAGACCAGACCACAGAGUUUGGUGGGGCUGGUGUUUCUGGGAGCAAGAGCAGGACAGACUGCCUGUGUGUUGAUGGUAACAUCUGGUGCCCAGCAGAAGGCAGAUGUGGAACUGCUAUGGGGGCUUGAGGGGUGAUUCGGAGGUUUGUAGGAUUGUUUUGGAGACAAGGGCUCUUAAGCCUUGGGUAUCAUCCGGGAGGGCUGUGGGGCCCUUGUGGGAUGCUGAGCAGGGACCAACUGCCAGGACAGACUGGGAGAGAGGACUGAUUUUUCCACUCCCCUGCACCCCCUUGCUCCUAGUCCUGCAGAGCCUGUCAUGGUGGAAGUCCCAACCCUGCUGCCCAUACAUGGCAAGUGGGGUUCCCUGUGACCUCUUUAGGCCCUGUUCCCAGAGGUGCUGAGGGGGAGAGAUGUGAUGGGGAUGCCCGGACAGCCUCAUCUUCCCCAGUGUGACCACUUGUUUCUUGCAGGAACAACCUGAAUUUCCCAGGUUGUUGGGGGGACAGAGCAGAACAUCCUAGAUGCUCAAGUUGCUUAAUGUGGAGAUUCAUGCCUUGAGUUCUUCAUUCACUGUUUCCUGGAUGCCUACUUAAACCCCAAAAAGUCAGAAGGACUGUGAGUCUCUACUCUCAUGGACAAUAUUUGUACUGAAAAUCAAGAUCAAACCUU